ACCUCGUGGGGUCUUGAGCAUGUCUACUUUAUUUGUGAUUGACCCGUGAUGCUGAAAGAGAUUAAAAUGAAAUGUGGAGACUUGCCUUAUGCAACCCCUAUGGAGGUCGCUUUUGAUAGCUCUGGCUGAAAAACUCUUGGGUGUUGUUUUGUGUGUUUCUGUAAAGACUUGUCAGUUUAAUCUUGGUGGCAGGGCCUAAAUCAUUUUCCCUUAUCGCCUGGCUUUAUGGUUCCAGGGUUGAGAGAUUGGCAACGCUGCUCCUUGGUAGUUCUUGCUUUAUGGGUUUCUAGGGAUAAGAAGUUGUAGACUCUGUAUUGGGCUACUCGGCCUUUAAUUGUUUUUUAGGCUAUUUGAAGGCUGUAUGUCUAUUUUACUGUACCUUGUAAUGCCCUCCGGGCUCCUCCGUUUGUAAAUUCCUAGAUUUGUUAUGCAAUGAAAUUUGCAAUUUAAAAAAAAAAAAAUAUUACCGUCCAUCAAAUAUAAACAAAUGAAGAGAGCAAUUGUACCCGUGGGCUUAGAUCGGAUACAGCCUUAGCCUAAUGCCCAAAAGACGAAGACCUGCACAUUUUCGUCAAGGAGGAGAUCACAGAUAGGGGAGAGCAGAAUUAACUGUGGCCAAUUCACUUUUCGCACAGAGAGAGAGAGAGAGAGAGAUGGGAAGAGAAGUGUCAGAGAGUUGCAUUGAUAGCCUACUCAUGGAGAUGGUGUCAUCAUACUGUAAUCGCUUCGACGCCAAAAAACCUGAGCUUGCUGGCCGUCGGAUCGAGGCUAUUGGCUAUCAGGUCGGCCACCAGCUAGCGGAACGUAGAGAGAACGUACAAAAAGGGUUUCCUUUUGUUAGGUAUACCAUGGAGCGGCCAUGGUUUAGUGAUCAUCUGGAGGCAAUAAAGUUCAUCUGUAAAGACUUCUGGUCUGAUGUCUUCAAGAAGCAGAUAGACAACUUGAAGACAAAUCAUAGAGGCACCUUUGUAUUGCAAGAUAGUAGGUUUCGUUGGCUUGCACAGAUGCCAGUUGAUCCGUCAAUUGAAAAUGUAGAUUUAUCACAAGAUCCUUCUGCACUGGCUGAAAACAAGGCUACCCAAGCAAUGAGCAUGCAUCUCUAUUUCCCUUGCGGUAUCAUAAGAGGAGCUCUUUCAAACUUAGGAAUUCCUUGUGCUGUUUCUGCUGACAUAUCCGAUCUUCUAGCAUGUUCAUUUGUGGUUCGUAUAAAGGGUUGACGAGUGUAUUACAACAAAAUGUGGGAUCAAAAUUAGGCCUUGAAGCAUGUGUGUCAACAAAUUAUUAUUUUUUUUGUUUUACCCCAAUUUCUUCCAGAUGAAAAUGAAGCUGAUUUGAGAAGUGCUCAAUGUCUAUAAAGCAUGUCCAAAGUCGUGGCAAUGAAAUAUUUUUGGGAAAAUUUAUGUUGCAUAGGCGGACUAGAAUUUUAGUAGUUCAAGAUAUUGUUGAUGACAUGAUUUUCUCGUUGGUGUUGGUGUUGGGUUGCCUGUGUGAGAAGGCCAUGGUUGGAUUUUGUCAUGUAUCUAACAAUAAACCUAAAUCAAUGAGCUAUUAUUAUGUAAAAAAUUAAUUUUUUAUUACAA